AUAUUGGAAAAAUAUACCGACAUAUAAUUUAGAGUGUAACCAGGCGACAAUUAUUAGCUGGUUGUUUUUUGGUAUAUCUCCUCGAUUUCAAAAGUGUAUUAUAAAAAUUAAUCCUUCGGUCACACCAAGAUACAUACAUAUGUUCAAUAAAUCGAUGCUUCGGUAGUGCGAUCAAAACACGCAGAAUUUAAUUCUUAAUGUUAAGUUAAACUUUAAAAUGUUGAAGAGCGGAAAGCUGUGGAUUCCGCGGCUAAGCCGCUCCUACACAGCCAAGUCAAAGCGCGUUGUCCUGGGUCAAGACACCACCAAGAUUAAGAAUUACGAACCCAAAAUAUCGGCGACACAUGAGAAUCGCGUGUAUGUUUGGGGUUUCCAGGAAACCGGCGCCCUCGGGCUGCAGAGGAACAUCAAAAAGGCUCAGGAACGUUACACAGAAAUGGUGCAUCAUCCAACGCGCCUGCAAUUCUCCAAUAACAAUGAUAUAACUGAUGUAACUACUGGUUACGGCUUUACAGCUUAUGCCGUUAAUCGCUCCGACGGCGAAACGCUCUUCGGUAGUGGCCUCAAUACAGACUGCCAACUGGGCUUGCAGCCUAAGCCCAAGAGCAAGGAACCCGCCAAUCUCGAUGUCAUUAUCUAUCCCACGGCCAUAAAGUUACCACGUGAGGCAGGCGAUACGGAUGAAGGGAUGAAGGUUCGCAGCAUGUCCGCUGGACGAGCUCAUCUCGUUGUGGUCACCCAGAAUGGAGCUGUGUUCACGCUGGGCAACAAUUCUUAUGGUCAAUGUGGUCGACCAAUCAUCGAAGAUGAAUGCUACACACGCAGUGCGGUUAUACACAGAAUACCACAGGCGGACAUCUGUGGCGAACAGGAUGAGAUCGUAAGCGUCGAAUGUGGACAGGAUCACACCAUGUUCCUGACCAAACUGGGCAAGGUUUACACUUGUGGCUGGGGUGCCGAUGGUCAGACAGGACAGGGCAAUUAUUACUCCGCUGGAGUCAUCACUCUCAUCGCUGGCGACAUCGAGAAGGAGCGAAUUGUGCGCAUUGCUUGCGCAUCAGACUGUGUGUUGGCCCUGAACGAACAUGGCGAUGUCUUUGGCUGGGGCAACUCGGAGUACGGUCAGCUGGACGAUUCGCCAGAUGCGGAAAUGCAAAUCAACUCUCCGCGGGCGCUGCAGCUGACAAAAGGCAUUGGCAAGGUGAAAGAUGUGGCUGCGGGGGGUUCCUUUUGCAUGGCACUCAAUGAUCAGGGUCUGGUCUACACCUGGGGCUAUGGCAUCUUAGGCUUUGGUCCCUUCGUGGAACAGACUUCAAGGCCACAGCAUCUGCUACCACCGCUCUUCGGACGCAAUGACUUCAGCAAUGCAACCACAGUUGUGUCGAUUGGCUGUGGCGUGUUUCACAUGGGCGCCGUCAACUCCGAUGGUGACUUAUUUAUGUGGGGCAAGAAUCGAUUUGGGCAUCUGGGUUUGGGCCACAAGAAGGAUCAGUUCUUUCCCUUUAAGACGGCCAUCAAUGGCAAGGUGACGAAGGUAGCUUAUGGCGUAGAUCACACGAUAGCUCUAUGUCGACCUCAUAUAUAAAAAAAAACCAAUAAAGUUAAAAAACAGUUUAAAGAUCACAAAUUCGCGUUUUAAUACAUUUAAAUCGAUUAAAGAACAUUUAGAUUAAUUUGUUUUGUUUGUCCGAUGUUGUUGUUGUUUCUCUUGCGAUGUAAAUAGCUUUACCGAUUCGUCGUUCUAUACAAUAUGUUUUGGUUUAAUUAAUUUGCUUGCUUACUUGUUUUUAGUAUUUAGAGAUAUAGAGUUUUAAAUCGUAGUAUAUAUAAUAUAAAAUAUGUACUUGGAAUUGAAUGCAGUGUGUAUUUAUAUGUAUCAAGUGUGUUUUGGGAUGCUUGUCUUUUUGGGCUUAGCGUCUCCCUUUUUCCCAUAUACAAUAGAUAUUUUUGUUGUUUUGAGUGAGUCCCCAAUUCUAAACAUUAUCCUGAACAUCUGACCACUUCUUUCUUUCACUCUCUCUCUCUCCAAGCACUACACUCGCUUUGUAUUUGUCACAAUUUCGUCGAAUCGCAUUAGAUUGCUUUCUAGGUACAUUUCUCA